GAGCGCGCGGCUCUUUAUUUCCGGUAUGCUCACUGAACGAGCGCGCGCACUCAGAAGCUGCUUCCUGCUUUAGCCGCCUCUCCUGAUAACUAGCAAUGACUGCUACCUUACGCCCCUAUCUGAACGCAGUGCGUGCCACGCUGCAGGCCGCCCUCUGCUUGGAGAAUUUCUCCUCUCAGGUGGUGGAGAGACACAACAAGCCAGAGGUGGAAGUGAGGAGCAGUAAAGAAUUGCUUCUCCAACCAGUAAUCAUCAGCCGUAAUGAAAAGGAGAAGGUUCUGAUCGAGGGCUCCAUCAACUCAGUCCGAGUCAGCAUUGCAGUCAAGCAGGCAGAUGAGAUUGAGAAGAUCUUGUGCCAUAAAUUCAUGCGCUUCAUGAUGAUGAGAGCGGAGAACUUCUUCAUCUUGAGGAGAAAGCCAGUGGAGGGUUACGACAUCAGCUUUCUCAUCACCAACUUCCACACAGAGCAGAUGUACAAACAUAAACUAGUGGACUUCGUCAUUCAUUUUAUGGAAGAAAUAGACAAGGAGAUCAGCGAAAUGAAGCUGUCUGUUAAUGCUAGAGCUCGUAUCGUCGCCGAGGAGUUCCUUAAAAAUUUCUGAGACAGAGAAAAAAAAAAAUCCUGGAAAUGUUCCAUUGCAGUCUCGGCCGCCAUGUCUGAGUGAGAGGAGGCAAACU